AUGUCUUAUGACCUGCACGGAACAUGGGACGCUGCUUCAAAGUUCGUUGGCCCAUACGUGGCCACGCACACCAACAUCACCGAAAUCGAUCUCGGUCUUGAUCUUUUAUGGCGCGCCGGGGUCAAGCCUAAGAAUGUUGUCUUGGGCCAAGGAUUCUACGGUCGUUCUUUUACCCUUGAAGAUUCCAAGUGUAAUAAGCCUAAUGGAGUCUGUCGAUUCAGUGGUGGAGCAAAAGAGGGCCCUUGUUCCAAAGCCUCGGGUAUCCUGAAUCUCCAGGAGAUCAUAGAUAUCAUCAAGGACAAGAAGCUCGAGCCCGUCCAUGACGAGAAGUCAGGCACCAAGUGGAUUCACUGGGACAAUGACCAAUAG